CCAAGCUGCGCCGGCAGCAGGUGGAACAGGUCCUCCCUCGCAGCUCCGCGCUCUCACGCGCUCUCGCCUGGCCCCGGUCUCCCGCUCGCAGCCAUGGGGCCCGGCUCCCGCCCCGCGCCUCCAGUCCCGCGCCCGUUGCUCUGCGCGCUUGCCUUGAUGGUGGCCGCCGGCGGCCGCGUCGCCUCCGCCUUCAACCUGGACACCCGAUUCCUGGUGGUGAAGGAGGCCGGGAACCCGGGCAGCCUCUUCGGUUACUCUGUCGCCCUCCAUCGGCAAACGGAGCGGCAACAGCGCUACCUGCUCCUGGCUGGUGCCCCCCGAGACCUUGCUGUGGCUGAUGGCUACACCAACCGGACCGGUGCUGUAUACCUGUGCCCACUCACUGCCCUCAAGGAUGACUGUGAGCGGAUGGACAUCAAGGAGAAAAGUGACCCUGAUCAUCACAUCAUUGAGGACAUGUGGCUUGGGGUGACUGUGGCCAGCCAGGGCCCUGCAGGCAGAGUCCUGGUCUGCGCCCACCGCUACACCCAGGUGCUGUGGUCGGGGACGGAUGACCAGCGGCGCAUGGUGGGCAAGUGCUACGUGCGGGGCAAUGACCUUGAGCUGGACUCCAGUGAUGACUGGCAGACCUACCACAACGAGAUGUGCAACAGCAACACCGACUACCUGGAGACGGGCAUGUGCCAGCUGGGCACCAGUGGUGGCUUCACCCAGAGCACUGUGUACUUCGGGGCGCCCGGUGCCUACAACUGGAAAGGAAACAGCUAUAUGAUUCAGCGGAAGGACUGGGAUUUAUCAGAGUACAGUUACAAGGACCCAGAAGACCAAGGAAACCUCUAUAUUGGGUACACAGUGCAGGUGGGCAGUGCUAUCCUGCACCCGACGGACAUCACCAUCGUGACGGGUGCCCCACGGCACCGACAUAUGGGUGCUGUCUUCUUGCUGAGCCAGGAGGCAGGUGGAGACCUGCGGAGGAGGCAGGUGCUGGAGGGCACGCAGGUGGGCGCCUACUUUGGCAGCGCCAUUGCCCUGGCAGACCUGAACAAUGAUGGGUGGCAGGACCUCCUGGUGGGUGCUCCCUACUACUUUGAGCGUAAAGAAGAGGUAGAGGGUGCCAUCUAUGUCUUCAUGAACCAGGCAGGCACCUCCUUCCCUACCCAGCCUUCCCUCCUCCUUCAUGGCCCCAGUCGCUCUGCCUUCGGCUUUUCCGUGGCCAGCAUUGGUGAUAUCAACCAGGAUGGCUUCCAGGACAUUGCUGUGGGAGCCCCGUUUGAGGGCUUGGGCAAAGUAUACAUCUACCACAGCAGCUCCAGUGGGCUCCUUAGACAGCCCCAGCAGGUAAUCCAUGGAGAGAAUUUGGGGCUUCCUGGCUUGACCACCUUUGGCUACUCCCUGAGUGGGCGGAUGGACGUGGAUGAGAACUUCUACCCAGACCUGCUGGUGGGCACCCUGUCGGACCGCAUCGUGCUGCUGCGAGCCCGGCCCGUCAUCAACAUCCUCCACAAGACCUUGGUGGCCAGACCAUCUGUGUUGGACCCUGCGCUUUGCACAGCCACUUCCUGUGUGCAGGUGGAACUGUGCUUUGCUUACAACCAGAGUGCUGGGAACCCCAACUACAGGCGAAACAUCACCCUAGCCUACACUCUGGAAGCAGACCGAGACCGCCGCCCACCCCGGCUCCGCUUUGCUGGAAGCCAGUCAGCUGUCUUCAAUGGCUUCUUCUUCAUGCCUGAGAUGCACUGCCAGACACUAGAGCUGCUCCUGAUGGACAAUGUUCGAGACAAACUCCGCCCCAUCAUCAUCUCCAUGAACUACUCUUUACACUUGCGGAUGCCCGAGCGCCCUCGUCUGGGGCUGCGGUCCCUGGACGCCUACCCGGUCCUCAACCAGGCACAAGCUCUGGAGAACCACACCGAGGUCCAGUUCCAGAAGGAGUGCGGCCCGGACAACAAGUGCGAGAGCAACUUGGAGAUGCAGGCGGCUUUUGUAACCGAGCAGACGCAACAGCUGAAAAGGUUCCAGUACCGCGGAGACACCCAGAAACUUCUCCUGAGCAUCAAUGUGACCAAUUUCCCUAGCCCCAAGCGGGCUGGGGAGGAUGCCCACGAGGCGCUGCUCACUGUGGAGAUGACUCCAGCCUUGCUGCUGUCCUCAGUGCGGCCCCCUGGGACCUGUCAGGCCAACGACACCAUCAUCCUCUGUGAGCUGGGGAACCCCUUCAAAAGAAACCAAAGGAUGGAGCUGGUCAUCACCUUCCAGGUCUUCAAGGUGAAACUGCACACAAAGGAAAUCCUGGCACAGCUGCAGCUCUCCACGUCCAGUCACCAAGACAACCUGCAGGCGAUAACCCUCCCUCUGCUGGUAGACUACACGCUCCAGGCCUCACUCAGCAUGGUGAAUCACCGACUGCAAAGUUUUUUUGGGGGGACCGUGAUGGGUGAGGCUGCCAUGAAAACUGUGGAGGAUGUGGGAAGCCCUCUCAAGUAUGAGUUCCAGGUGGGCCCAGUUAAAGAGGGGCUGGCAGCCCUAGGGACCUUGGUCCUGGGACUGGAGUGGCCCUACGAAGUCGCCAAUGGCAAGUGGCUGCUGUAUCCUACAGAGAUCACCGUCCACGGCAAUGGGUCCUGGCACUGCCAGCCACCGGGAGACCUUGUCAAUCCUCUCAACCUCACUUUCUCUGACCUGGGGGAUGGACCACCAUCUUCACAGCACAAGCAGGAGCAGCAGCUGUACCUCAGGAGAGGCCAGGGCCACCUGCCUGCCACUCUGGCUGCUGCCCAAAAAGUCAAGUCUGAGACCCUGCUGACCUGUGCCAAUGGUCGCGCCCGCUGUGUGUGGCUGGAGUGCCCCAUUCCUGAUGCCCCCGUCAUCACCAACGUGACUGUGCAGGCCCGAGUGUGGAACAGCACCUUCAUUGAGGAUUACAGAGACUUUGACCGAGUUAGUGUACAUGGUUGGGCCACCUUAUUUCUCCGAACCAGUGUCCCGACCAUUAACAUGGAGAACAAGACCAUACGGUUCUCUGUGGACAUUGACUCUGAGCUGGAGGAGGAGCUGCCGGCAGAGGUGGAGCUGUGGCUGGUGCUCGUGGCUGUGGGGGCAGGGCUGCUGCUGCUGGGGCUGAUCACCCUCUUGCUGUGGAAGUGCGGCUUCUUCAAGCGAGCCCGCACUCGCGCCCUGUAUGAAGCCAAGAGGCAGAAGGCGGAGAUGAAGAGCCAGCCAUCAGAGACAGAGAGGCUGACCGAUGACUACUGAGGGGGGAUGCCCCCCGCCCCUGGCCCACCCGGUGUGACUUCUUUCAGCGGACCCACUAUUACCAGGUCAUGCCCAAGUACCAUGCAGUGCGGAUCCGUGAGGAGGAGCGCUACCCACCUCCAGAGAGCACCAUGCCCACCAAAAAGCACUGGGUGACCAGCUGGCAGACUCGGGACCGAUACUACUGACAUCCUCUCUGUUCCCACCUCCCUUCCCCCAAUACCCCUUUCCUAUUUAUCAUAAGUUAAGCCCCUGACAGUCCACAGGGGCCACAGCCCUUGGCGGGCACCAGCAGGUACAGGCACACACAUUAAGUGUGCUGUCUGGCCCAGGUAUCCCCCUGCAGAGGUCUGGGGUGUGGACCUGCCAGUGCCAAGCACACUACAGCCCUGGGCCCUGGAUACACAUGGGGUCCCACUGUACCCGGAUUGUGCUUGUGGACCAGAGAUGCUGCGUGGACAUGCCAUGCCCCCCAGCCUGUGCCAAACCAAGCCAAAGGGCCUCCAUCAAAGCCAGAAGGAAAAGCCCCCAAUGUGGUGACCCUUCCCUCUGUUCACACUGGAUCCAUCUUGAGCCAUAGUCACUGGAUUGAUUCUUCUCUAGAGGUUAAAACUACUGACAGGGAGAGCCCACUGGGCCCCCAACUGCAGCUCCCCAGCACCCAGGCCAGAGAGCUGGAGGUCCUGCCUCAGGUGGUCCAAAGGGACGUCUGCUGGACCUGGCAUAGACCUAAGAACAAAAUGAACUAGAAAGGUGCCCAGGAUGACUUUCUGUCAUAGGUCCCUGUGAAGCCUCUCUCCUUGGCCACUGACUGAACUAGCAGGAGAUGCAGCCUAGAGGAACAAGGACAGACAAAC